AUCCCGACAUACGCUCUCUCAUACCGAGUGUCUCAGAUUGAACGGCUAUCAAAAUAUACAAUCAACAAUUAACCUUUCUUGACGAAUCCCAGAUGCCCGAAUCUGCAACGAUAUCCCAUUUCUCUCUCCCGCUGCCCCAGUGGCAAAGACCAGUGAGCUAUCGCACAGCCAAAUACGAUCCUCCGCAGCGCGCCAAACGCCCCCUUGUCGAAGACACCGACGCCUCGAGCAUCGAAACCGGCUCCGAUAGCAGCGACUAUGAAGACAUCGAAGCAGCCUCCUCGGGGCGCCAAUCGCGGGCAACAAGCACCGUGAAAAGCGACCGCGCCUCCUCCUCCUCCUCCUUCUCCCGCCGGCCCUGCCGCCGCUCGACAUCCGCACGCUCCUCCGUCAUCCUCACACCGGACGAAGCGCAUCAAUACCGCAUCGCCGGCCAGCCGCCGGACACGGAGUUGCCGGGAGGGAAUUUCCCGCACUCCGGCCUCUCUUCGCCCUCGGGCGUGAAGCCGGCUACCAGGAGGCGUAUCGAGACGGAUCUGGCGCAGCUGAAUCCGCCGGUGUUUCUGCCGGGUUCGGCGCGGAACAGCCUGCGUCUGAAGCAUCUGGGCGUGAUCACGACGAUCUUGCAUCGGUGUCUGCUUGAAGGGGACUAUGUGCGGGCGGGGAGGGCUUGGGGGCUGAUUCUGCGGGAUGAGUGGGGUGGGCAUGCGAUUGAUGUGAGGACGGAAGGAAGAUGGGGGAUCGGAGCGGAGAUUUUGCUGUGGAGAGAUGGGCAGAUGGCGACUGCGGGGGCGGAGGGAGGUGGUGGGAAGGGUGGUUAUAAGAGGGAGUGGUUUUCGAGACGGGGGUUUGAGAGGGCCAAGCAGUACUACGAGAGGUUGAUAUUGCAUUAUCCGUAUCGGAAACAUGCGCCCAAUGCUCUGGGGCCGUUGGAUUUCUACCCGGCUAUGUUUGGACUUUGGAUAUCGGUCGUACAGGAGGAGAGUCGAGCUACGAGGGAGGCUGCUACGUAUGAUGUGGUGAGGGGGGAGAGGGACUACGACGUUGGCUACGACGUGGAAGAUAACAUGUCUAUGACCAGCGAUCUGGGGCGGGAAGAUCGACAAAGGGCCGAAAUUGUCGCUCGAGCUCGCUCGAAGGAACUCGAGGAGGCGCAACAGAUCGCGUCUCAGCUCGAUGAUCUGCUCGUCUCUCCUCCGUUCUCGGAUAGUUAUGAGUUAUUGAGAUUACGAGGGAUGGUGUCAUUGUGGAUCGGGGAUCUAUGCGUCUCAUCAGUGUCUCCCGAUGAAGCAGCUGAGCAGGGCGUGCAGAUGGGCGGUGAUGAGGACGGAGAUAUCACCAUGAUGUCGUAUGACGAUAGGGUAGACUCUAUCUUGGCGAGAAUGGAGGAAGGGCUGGGGAUGGAGAGGAGGCAGGCGGAGGUGGAUAAAGCAAAGGAGUUCUUUGAGAGGGCGCGCGCGAGGAAGGUUGGGCCGCUAAGUGCAGCGGAUAAAGUGUACAUGGAUAGUAUUGACUCAUACUAAUAGCGACCAUAAAUAAAAAAAAAAAAAAAUGAAAAAAAAAA